GUUCACUCAAGUGGAUGUACAGGACUGGCGUUGGUGUGGCACAUCUUUACAAGACACCUAAAAAUGGCAGAAGAGCUUGCCAAAUUGAGGACCAAGUUUGUGAGCAAAGUGUCAAAGGAAAUAGUUAACCAGCUUCUUGACAACCUGCUGGAAGACAAAGUAAUAAACUCUGGAGAGAGAGAAUCAAUAAUAGAAGAGCAUCAAACUACAGCUGACAAGGCAAGGCAAACUAUAGACACUGUGAUCAAGAAAGGAAAUAAGGCCAGUAACAGGCUGAUCCAUCAUCUUCAAAAUUGUGACCCCACUCUCCAUGAAGACCUUUGUAAGUCCUGUAUUUACACUGUCAAAAACGCUACGCAGGAGUCUCAGGUCCUGCAGGAAUUCUCAUCCACACUUAUAAAAUCCAAAGAGACAUUUUGGAAGGAAAAACAAAACAAUAAAGAUAUCUAUCCAGUGACCUUAAAUUCGUCAAAGAAUCGUGUGGCUCUGCUCAUCACUAACAUCACUUUUGCGGAUAAAAUGAAAAACAGAGCUGGAGCGGAGAAAGAUGAAGAGAAUAUGGAGAAAUUGCUCACUGAUCUGGGAUAUGAAGUGGUCAAGUACAGAGACCUCACUGCAAAGCAAAUGGAUAAGGGCCUGGUUCAAUUCUCCAACCAUUCUAAGCUCAAAGAGACAGACAGUGUGUUUGUGGUCAUCAUGUCCCACGGCAAACUUGGGGUCGUCCUUGGUGUCAAUUUCAAAAAAGAUCCUUCCCCGGGAGAGGAACCAGAUGAACUGCCCAUUAACAACAUUUACAAGCACCUGAAUGCAAAAAACUGCCCUGAGCUGGUGAACAAACCCAAGAUCAUUGUCAUCCAGGCCUGCAGAGGAGAGGAUGGAGGGUCAGUGAUUGUGUGUGACAGUGUGGAUGAUGAGUCUGCAAUGGAAGAAGACAUUGAGGAGGAUAAAGUGCAGCGCAUACACAAAGAAAAAGAUUUUAUCGCUCUUCUCUCUUCCACUCCUGAUACGGUUUCAUACAGACACAAAUUAGAAGGCUCUUUCCUUAUGAAGUUCACCAUUGAAGUUUUCAAUACCUUUGCUCACAUCUAUGAUGUUGAGGAGCUCUUUCGAAAGGUCAUGGGGCGAUUUGAAGAUUCAUCUCAUCCAUUUAGGCAAAUGCCGACUAAAGACAGAUGCACUUUAACUCGUAAAUUCUACUUAUACCCGGGUCUCAAUCAUAUGAGCUAAAACACUUUCCCCCUCUUCUUCUAUUUUUAAUGGCUGAUUCAAAUUUUCUGGUGUAAUGUUGAGAUCAACCAUCAAACAUAAAACAGUUUUUUCAACUUAUAAACCAAAUCUUGUGUAGUUUGAACCUGUUAUCAUAUAUACAUUAAAUACAGUUUUUCACAUCAUUCCUACAUUUUACA